CUGGGCCGGCACCGAUACCGGCACCGACAGCAACACCGACACCGGCAGCAACACCGACACCGCCCCCGGCACCGCCCCCUCCCGGCAGCAGCCGCCGGGCCCCCGGCAGGACAGAGCGGGCAGGCACCGCGGUUACGUAACGGGGUGCGGAGAGAGCAGCCGCGGGGUUAGAGGAUGCGGAUUAGAGAUUGCGUUGGUUCAGCGGAUUGUCCUCUGCCCCCCGGAGCAAGAGCACACCCGGCAGUUGGAUGGAUUUUCUCUGACGCCUGAUGAUUUUCUGUGCUAAAUUCAAUUAUGAGCUUCAGAUGGUGCUGUUUUAGAAGAAUAGCCUCUGACCAGGAAUAAAAGUUGUUGUCGGAAUAAUAUGCGAACAGAUCAUGAAGAACUCUGUGGCACCAGUUAUGGAUCUUUCUGUCUAAACGGAGGGAUUUGUUACAUGAUUCCUACAGUCUCCAGCCCAUUCUGCAGGUGUAUUGAGAAUUACACAGGAGCCCGUUGUGAGGAGAUUCUGCUGCCCAGCAUCAAGUCCCAGAGCAAAGGUGACCUGUUUGCAGCCUUCUUGGCUUCACUUCUUCUACUAGGAGUUCUUGUAAUUGGAGCAUUCUACUUCCUUUGCAGGAAAGCUUCCAUUCCAAGGACAAGUUCCUCAGAGUGUGGUGCCAGCCUGGGUGAGACUACAAGCAGCAAUGGCUGCAGCAAAAUCAUAACAGAGUAAAGCAUUCAAGUGGAAGAAUGGUGGGAAAACAACAGGCAGAGCAACCCUAAGAACACCCUGGUUGUAGAGGAUGAUGUGGAAAACAAGAUGAGAGAAGAAAGAGUGAAAUAGGAGGCUACUUCUGUGUGGGAGGAGACCCCAACAAAGACAUAAAGAGGAGCAGUUGUACUUAUCAGAGUUCCCCUGUGUUUUUAAAGAAUUACACAGAAAUUGCUACAAUCACUGUAACUUAUGUUUGAAUUUUGUGAGAUUUUUCAUGACAAAUUGCUGUUUCCACUAAUGCACAGAUAGAAGCACAAGGUAAUUUUGGUUUGUACUGUUUGGGAAAUAUGAAGUAAUCUUUUUUUUUUUUCCCUUCACAGAUAGCAUGAGAUCAUCUCAGGGUUUUCAGCAUGAGAGAGUAGCACAAACUUUUGACAGGAUUGUCCUUUUUCAUGAGAUUGGCCCUGAGUUGAGCACUGUCUUGAUUCAGUUACUCCCUGUCACCAGUCUUGUUUGCAUUUCUUGGGAAACAAAUAGUGCAAAAAGUGAGGAUGAAUAAAGCAAAACCAUGUUUAGCUGCAACCAAGUUAAUUUACAGAACAAUUUUGAAGGAAAUGCCAUUGGGAAGGCAGGCUGCUUCAAACCCAGUGCAGCUGAGAGCACUGGAGCUUCUUAUAUUUGUUAUUUCAGUUCACAAGCUUUGUGAAUUUGAUACUUGGGCCAAAAUGAGAUCAGGCCACAAAUUCAUUUUUAAGUGGUCAAAUGCCACAGAAAGUACAGGGUAGCCAACAUCACAUGUGAUUCAGUGAAACAGCACAACAUUCUCUAGCAGUGCUUGCAUACAAAAUUAAGCAAAUAGCCCUGUGAGCUCUAAAGCCAAGGAAACCCAGGUUCCAGGGGAUCAGCUCUUCUGGUUGGAGUCCCUGGAGCCUAAAGCAGUGUUAUGUGUUUAAGGAUAUGCAGGGUUGAGUAAUGAAUUCUGCUCCAAAGAAAACAAGAAUCUCUCCAUGCUGCAGAGUCUUUUCAUUUAUAUUGGUAACUAUUACAUGGGAAGAACACCAGGAAGCCCAUUUGGUAGCACUUCCCAUCUUAAAGGUGCCUUCAGUGUUGUGCUGCCCCUUCACAAUUUACUGCAUUAAACCAAAAUUAUUUUCCUCCUGGCCCUGCAUUUGAAAAAGAGCAGUAGAGGGGCUCUGAUACUGUGACUCAGUUACUUGAAAACUGAAAGCAGAGAAGAAAUGGGGGAGAGAAUUUAGCACAACAGAAAUGGUGUCUGUGCCAAUGUUUUCUGACUGGGAGUGACCCAACUGAGCAGAGUCCAGGCAGAAAGAGGAGGAGGUGAGCUUACCUAAAAGGUUAAAAACUCCUGUUACAUGUUCAGCAAAUUCUGUCUCAGGAGAUGGGGCUGCCCAGGAGAGGGAGAGCUUUAGCCAGAGGCAGUUAUGGAUUUAACAUGGGACACCCAACUCUUCUACAUGAAGCACAACAAACCCAACCCCUCAGUUAUGUUCCUUUCAUAUUUAGCAUCCUUCCAGAUUUCCAGGACAUCAAGCUAUUUCCAGUAAAAACAGAAAACACUGUGGAUUAGUGUGGAUUAGUUUGUGCUAUGACCUUAUUCAAACCCAGGGAUAUUAAUGAAGACUUAUCUGGACAGGCUUGAGGAAAAAAACCACCACUAGAACUAAACUGCACUGUGAUUCUCUGGCAGCCAGGAUGCAGAUGUUCCUGUGCCUCUCACCUGUAAUGCCUCAGCAUCUGUGUGCUUAAGAGACAGAAUAUUCCUAUACCUCACAUUAGCACAGAAUAAUCAAAAGAAUUCAAACAGAAAUUAUUUGCUUUUAGUGAUCAGUGGGAGUGAACAAAAGUGCUUCUUUCAAGGAAGUACUGCAGUAUUUCCUGCACUGUGGGAGAAAAUGAGCAAACAAGAAAACCCAGACAUGUGCAUGCCUAGAGAUGUCUUAAAAAAAAACAACCAGCCAAACCUUUUCCAUGAUUGUUUGUAACAUUCCCUGCCUGUGUUUAUCCAGAGUCUGCUCUUGCUUUUCUUUUGGUUGUAACCCCUCCAACACAAUCUCUGUGUCACGGCAGAGUGCUGCCCUGCAAAGCACCAAAUACAACUUCUGUGAACCACUGCCAGGCAGGUUGCCACCCAGUUCCCUCUUGGGACUGGUAAUGCCCAAACCCCCUUUCCCCAGGAGCUGUUUCUGGGGUUAGCAAAGGGCUUGGAAACAGAACCUGCAGCUGGACAACUUGAAAUAAGAGGAAGACAUUGCUGUUGUCAUUGCCCAAAUUAAAACUACAACCAAUUUCUAACUCUUGUAAACCCACCUCUCUCAGUUUCUGUAGCCUCUGAAGAGGUUUUUUCAGUGUGCAUUAAAAGAGACUGUUUUCCAAUUAUCCUCUCAAUAGAAGUAAUUCUAUUUUGACUACAACUUUGCACAGGCAAAUGAUGGGCUCUAUGAAAAUGUAGCUGAGCAUCCACUGGUGGCAUUUUUUAACAGGGCUCCUUCAUCUGAAUCUCUGAUGCAUUCUCCAUCAAAGAAUAUGCUGCUGUGUCACCCUACUUAGUCAUUUUUUAGCAGUUCUGGAGAUCCUAAGAGUUCCUGUUUUCAGGGUAUUAGUGUUUACUCUCCCUGUUGCCAUACAGACAACUCAGCUAAGACAAGCUUAUUUUUAAAAAGCUGUUUCUAACUCUUAAAGCUGUGAAAUUUUAUCUUUAAAAGGUGAUAAGGAGUGAUGUGAAUAGCACUGGAACAUUUAUUUUGAGAAGUUUGUGCUACCUGCUGAUCUCAGUGAGGAUCUACUUGUGAAAUGUAAUUUAUACUUUGUUUUCUUUUUUAAGCAUUUAGACACAAAUCCCAUUGAUUUGGAAUAAAAUGUUUUGCUUCUGAAUUAUCAAAGCACUUGAAAAAAACCAAAAACCAGUUACCCAUCUCUCUCCUAACAGGUAGUAUUUCCAAAUAAUCCAAACCCAUCUUAGGCCUUUUCCCAUGACAAUAAUUCCCAGCCUUUCACUGAAGCUGUGAGUUGUUUAGAAAACCCCCCUGCAUUGUUAUGAAGUACUGGCAAGCAUAAAAUUAUCAGCACAAGACUCCUACAGUGUUUGAGCCUGGAUUUAACCUAAAACUGUGGCCCAGGACAGAGCCACAGCACCAGCACCAGCAGUGAGCUGGGGUUACCUUGCUGCACACCUUUGAGCCUGCAGUUCAGGAGGCAGAGGGCUGGCCAGGACACAAGGUUAAUCCACAGCCCCUCUGAAACAGCCUCUUCUGGACCCUCUGGCUGGCUGAGAAAUGGGCUUAGGAACAGGAAACAUUUCCAGUAAGAAACCUGAGAUUUAAGAUUUUAGUCUUUAGCUUACCUGCUUUUGCAUGCCCAAAGCACAGCUGCUGUAUCAAGAUGGAAUACAUUUCAGAGAGCCAGUAAAAAAAUUAAAUCUUCCCCACAAUAUAAUAAUGAAAAUAAUCAGGCAGGGGGGGAAACAAUGAUUUUCUUGAUGUCUGCAGAGUGGUCAGAGAUAGUAACACAAAAGACCAUUUCAAUUUACUAUCUUUGUGAUGUCUACCUUAUUUGCCUGUGUAAUUCCACUGAGAAAACCAGAAGCAGAUACCUGGAUAGGAAAUGUUUCUUAAAUUGUUAUUGGGCCAGAAAACUUAGGCUGACACCAAGGUUUGUGUCUUCCAUGAAAGCCACUCAACACCCACUACAGUUACUUCCAGUAGUAAGAAGUUCUCCAUCUUUUGAAAGAAAAAAAAUUAACAAAGAGGGGUAAUGACACUGGGUUUUGACGUAAGGCUUUUAACUAAAAACUAAUUAAGAAUCCUGUGUAACCACUUGUUGUUACAAAAUUCAGCCUCAGGCUUCUGAUUCUCAUCAGCCCUCUCUGCUGCAUGCUGAAGGUUUGGAGGGAUCAUUUCCACACCUUGGCUUAGUGCUCCCCACCAAGGGGAUUCAGUCUGAUUCAUUCAUCACUCAAAAUAAGGCUUGUUCCAAUAUCCACUUGGGCCCAAACAAACCUGACACAGGCAGAAAGAACACCCAAGUUCACCAUCUUUGCAGUCCCUGCAGUUUUUAACAGGAACUGCUUCCCAGUGACAAUUUAGCAUCAUUUGGCUCCAGUUGCUUUCUUACAACUGCAUGGUGUAGAACAACAUCCUCUAAUGAAGGGAUUUUUGGAUUAGUCAUUUUAAAAUAAAAAUGAUUCUACUAGUUUU